AUGCGGCUACCCACCGCCAAAUAUGAAGUCCACAUGCGGAAAUUCUUCUACAAAGUUGGAUUUUUCAUUGGUACACACCCCAGAAAAUGUAUUGCUGCUCUACUGAUGGUCACCGCGUUCUCAUGUUUGGGAUUUUUGAGGUUUCAUCAGAUCAACAACGCUCGUGUCACAUUCACCGCUCAUGACUCGCCCAGCCAUCGUGAGGGAUCCAUGUUUUUUGAAUUCCUGCGACAAAAUGGUACACUUCACAUGAUUGAGCUCCUCCAAGCGUCUGAUAAAGGCAACCUCCUCCGACCUGCCUACCGCCACCAACUCCUAGGAAUU